AUGCCUGGCAAUAGUACGGUUGAAAGAUGGCUAGACAACAUCAAAAGUGGUGAUGAUCGGUCUACAGUGCGCGGAGAAGACGACCAAUACAGACACGCAGAUCGAAGAGAUGAGCCUAUCGAUCCAAACUUUGGCAAGCCACCUCAAGCUUUACACAUCGGAUCUACUUCCAGACAUCGAGCUAAGCCGCAUGAACGUCAAAAAAUCUCACAGAAUGUGCUUCCACCUCAAAAUGAAAACUCCGGCGGCUCACGUUCUAGAGCCAAGCCUCGAGGACAUAAUAAAGGUCCACUCUCGCGUCAACAGCUCCCCGUCAGUGGUAAUUCGCCUCGCAAUUCAUACUCCGAAGCCGCGCCUCAAUCAAAUUUACCACGCCCAUACUCAGCUAGUGUGUACGGCAGUUAUACUUCACGCUCCGUUCCGCAUUGUCGAACCAUACCCCCUGAGAUAGCUCCUGUUUCAUAUGCAACUACUUUCUCAGUCACUAGACCUCAACGAGCCUCUGCUAGCGUCGCUUCAUACCAAGACACUUAUGUUAUCCCCACUUUGAAUCACACGGUGCAGGAAUCUUCAUCAUUUCCUCAACAAAACCGCCACAGAGAUGCCUACCCUUCUAGCGAAGGAUUGGCCCAAGGAACCGUAGCCCAAGAAACUCAAAGAGUUGGAUUUAGAACAGCUGAGGCAAAUAAUGCUUAUGGAAGAUACUUGAGAAGUGGAGGCCAGUUAGACAGCAUUGGAUCUGGGACGGGUAAUUUUUCAAGAAUGGGCAUGUCAUACGGUACCUGGUAA